AUGGGCGGCAUGGGAGACAUCGGUGGCUUCGGAGCUACCAUGGGCGACAUGGGUGACAUGGGUUUCUUCGGAGCUACCAUGGAGGCCAUGGGAGGCAUGAGUGGCUUCGGAGCUACCAUGGGAGGCAUGAGUUUUGCGUCUCUCAUGGGAGGCAUGGGAGCACCUCCUGGCGGCAUGGGUGGAAUGCCUUCCGCUGUGCCUCACACACCUUCGCAUGAUGCCGUUGAAGAUCUUGCCAACACCUUCCGAGCUCCACAUGAUGAUGCGACGCGCGACAAUGAAGAGGAGGAGGAAGAAUCGUCACUGGAUGAGGAUGAUGAAUCGGAGUAA